AACGACUACAUGAAAACUACCAACAUCCCGACUCCUCCCAUACAUGUGACUAAUCACGUGAUGAUGACAUCACGGAAGGUCCUUUAGACUUCUGGGAUUCAACAUCUGACUUUUAUAUGUAUGAGUACCGUACACAGAAGUUUUUUGGUUAUUCAUGACCAAAAUGAUCUCUACGUGCUGGAUAGGGAGUUCUUAUACAAGGACCAGAUUGUGUCUCAGACAAAGGAUUCUUAUUGAACAGAGGAGUUGGUUCAGAAAAAUUUCAAGAAAGACUGAAAGAGUUGAAGCUGAGGUUUGGCGUAACAGUGGGUCAAGAAAUUCCAUUGCAGAACCUACUUCCUUUUCUCGUGGCAGCAUACUGAGAAAUCUGUAUAAACCAUUUCUAUUUACUGUUGGGUUUUCAGGUUGCUCUUUUGGUGCUGCUGCAAUCUGGCAAUAUGAGUCCCUAAAAAAUCGAAUGAAGAAUUAUCUCGAUGACAUGCGUGCAGACUGGCUGGAAAGGAUUCAGCCAGCCAAACAUGGGGACUUCAGGAAGCAGGUGAAUGAGUGGUGGAACAGCCUAAGUGAUGGACAGAAGACUGUGUCAGGAAUAAUUGCAGCUAACAUUCUCGUAUUCUGUUGUUGGAGAGUACCCAGCAUCCAACGUAUAAUGGUCAGAUACUUUACUUCCAACCCUGCAUCUAAUAAUCUUUGCCUACCUAUGAUUCUAUCCACAUUUAGCCAUUUUUCUCUCUUCCAUAUGGCUGCAAAUAUGUAUGUAUUAUGGACAUUUUCCUCCAGUAUUGUCUCUAUUCUGGGCCAGGAACAGUUUUUGGCACUUUACAUGUCAGCAGGAGUUGUAUCUACAUUUGCAAGCUAUGUGUGCAAAGCGGCCACAGGACGUUUUGGGCCAUCUCUCGGUGCUUCUGGAGCAAUCAUGACAAUCCUCGCUGUGGUGUGCACCAAGAUGCCUGAAGCCAAACUUGCAAUCAUUUUCCUACCUAUGUUUACAUUUACUGCAGGAAACGCUCUCAAGGUUAUAAUUUCUUUGGAUUCCAUGGGUUUACUACUGGGCUGGAAUUUUUUUGACCAUGCAGCUCAUCUUGGAGGGGCCCUAUUAGGAAUCUGGUAUGCAUUGUAUGGCCAUGAGCUUAUCUGGAAAAAGAGGGAACCUUUAGUGAAAAUUUGGCAUGAGUUCCGGAGUAACCCCCCAAGAAGUGGAUGAUCCUGAUAUUUAAGUACAAUAGCAUCAAAUCAACAGUCUCAUUUGUUAAUGCUGGCAAUGAUACAUGGGAUCUUCAGUGCUGAAUUAAUUUGGAUACCUUUUGAAUAUAUAAGUUUUGAUGAUUGCAUUAUAAAUGUUCAUGUUGUAAAGAAACUUGUUUAACAUAUAAAAAUUAAAUGCGAUACAUACAUUUUUGGCAGAGUGGUAUUUUUGGAAGAAUAAUAUACAGUAUAUUUUCCUGUGCCUUCAAACUUCCUUGUGUGUAGUAAUAAUAAUUUUUAAACCCCAGUUGGAAAUAAAAAUAAGAUUAGGAAACAAAAGGGUUAGCUUUUUUUCUACAAUCCUGUCAGGUAUAUUUUUUUUAAAUCCAAUUCAUGGCUAUUAUUUCUACAAAUUCCAUAAUCGGCCUAAUUGAAUUAUGUGUGGAACUGAGACAGAAAUCUACAUUUAGCCUUGGAUUUCUGCCACAGAUUCCUUGACCUGUGUAAACAUAACCUAAAAGUGGCACCUUUUCUGUUAAAUGGGUACUGUCAGAUCCAAAAACUUUUUAUAUGUUGUUACUGAUGAAAAUUAAAGACCUUUUGUAAUAUGGUUGAUUAAUUUUUUUUAAAUAUUUCAUUAAGAAAACGUUUUCAUCCUGAAAAUCCCACCACUAGGGGUCCCGAUACCUACUGGACACUAACCAGUCCUGCAGCAGCAUCAGCUUGUCCAUGAGCCAAGAGAAAACUUACGGAUAAGGCUGCAUGAGCAGGGGCACUAAUCAUCUCUCACCACCAACUCCCAUAGCAACUAGUCACAACUCAUCCUUAUUUCAGACAGAUUGAUAAAUCUGAACAAAGGAACUGUGUGUGAACAUGGUCUUCGUGAAUCAAUUCAGAAGGUUAAAGAU